AUGGAGGGUCAGUUCAUACUACUUGAGAAUCUUGUUGAAUCGGGAUAUGUUCUGUUACACGAGUUCCAUGAGCCUGAAAAUUUUAGGAAAGAUAGGCUUUUGAGAAACAUGUUGCUAAUGAUGAGUGAAGUCCACUGUGCGGGAGUAGCACAUUGCAACAUAAAAGGCAGGAACAUUUUUAUUAAUGAGUCAAUGAAAAUAAAGCUUAUUAAUUUUGGAUCUUCAACCAGAAUGAAACCUAGGCCGUUCAAACCGAAAAGAGCUCAAUCACCUUUACUUGCCACUUUGAAAGAUGGGUUUCAAGAUGAUUAUUCCAGAUUAUUUGAUCUUCUUGAUAAAAAAUUUCCAGCGCACCGAACAUGCGAACAAAUUUUGAAGCAGUUUAUUGACGGAACUGAAAGGUUAAGAUAUUUUUUGGGAGUAAAAAUUUUCUACUUUGGCUUUGUUAUUGAAAUGAUGGUUGAGAGAGAUAUUCAAUCUGUGGAUUGUAAUGGUGCUUUUAAAAAUCUUUCGGAAGUGUUGGCAUUAAUUGAGAUUCAUGACUGA